AUGCCUACGAAGAAGAAAACACUGAUGUUUUUAUCCAGCUUCUUUACAAGCUUUGGGUCAUUCAUCGUAGUCUGUUCCAUGCUCGGGACUCAAGAAUGGGUCAGCAGUCAAAUUGCCAUCAGUGACUCGUCUUCAAACGGUAGUCUUGUUAUCACCUAUGGACUUUUUCAAGGCAAGAGUCACCAAGAAUUCAGUCAUGGACUUGAGGAAUCACAAAAAGGCUUUGAAGUUCUAGAGAAGUUGAACAAUUCUUCCCGAAGAACGCUGCACCUGGUGGCCGUCCUGCUGCUGGUGCUCAGCCUGUGCACGUCGCUGCUGAGUUCCGGGUUCACCUUCUACAACAGCAUCAGCAACCCCUACCAGACAUUCCUGGGGCCCGUGGGCGUGUACACCUGGAGUGGCCUUGCUGCAUUGUUCGUUUUCCUGACCAUGAUACUGUUCGUGGCCAACACACAAUCCAAUCAUCUCUCGGAAGAGCUGGCCCAGAUGCUGUACCCACUGUAUCCAACAACCACCUACAGAGGAACGACCCACAGAUACGGUUACUCGUUUUGGCUCACGCUCCUCGUCAUUCUUCUAAGUGUUGUCACCGUGGUCAUCAUCGUUUUCUACCAGAAGGCCAGGCACCAGCGGAAACAGGAGCAGAGAAAGCCAAUGGAAUACGCUCCCAGAGAUGGAAUUUUAUUCUGAACUCUAUGUUAUGUUGUCUCAUCGUUAUGUCUAGUCUGUUGUACGUCAGCCCCCGAGAGGUUACUGGCUAGCUUGUCUGGGCAAUCCGCAUGGUUAAGGGCAGCCCUGGUUGGCUGUCACUUUGUGAUAGUUUUGUAUCUCGUGACACUCCUUAAAUGAUGUACCCUUGACCAGGUUUCUUCCCUCUAGGGUGGGGAAGAUGAAAGGGAAAUGUCUGCAGGCCAUGCGGCGUUCAAAGCGGUAGAAUGAUUCCAAGACCAUGGAUCCUUCCAGCCGGGUCUCACUCCCUAAGAUAAUAAAGGUUUGUGGUACGCACCUUUA